AUGAAUCGAAUAAUGUUAAUAUUGCUGGCAUUGGCUCUAGUUGCUGUCGUACAGCCAAAUUGCAUUAAACCUCCAAAAAUAACUACGACAACGAAGACACCAACAACUUGCACAGAUACAACAACAGAGGCACCGUCACCGUGCACCGAUGGGACAACAACCAAACCGACAACAACCAAACCGACAACAACCAAACCGACAACAACCAAACCCAGCACAAAACCAACGGAACAACCAAGUUGCACAGAUCAACCCGAUCCUUCCUCGGAUGACUUUAGUUAUGCUGAAAGUGAAGCCGAAAGUAUAUCUUCAAGCAAAGGUGGUACAGCUUCAGCACUUUCUUUAGCGCAAAGCAAAGCUACUGGCAAAGGGAAGAGCUCUGCAUUAAGCGCUGCAUUGGCUUUCAGUGACAGUUCAAAUGAUUAA